CCUCUGGUCGUUGCGGUUGGAUGGGAGGCAGCUGCGGGGCUGACACGUAACUGAAGUUAAAGGUGCUAUGGAGGCCUCGUCGGGAACUUGAGGUUUUCACUUUUCCACAGCCACCUCUGAACCGCGGCCGCGGCUUUCCGUUCUGCAGAGGCAAAGGGAGACGCGGACGCAGACGGGUGCGCGCGACCUCGGGGUGUUCUGCCUCCUCUGCGGCGCCGAAGCGGAGUUUGACGUGAAGCGCGGCGGCAAUCGGAGCGGCUGCUUUGAAGUCACGGCCAGAGCCGAGUAGAUGUGGCCAUGCUCGGCAAACGCGCACACAACUAGAGCCUAGUGCGGAGCGUGCGUUUUCUGCGUGGAAAUGCUCGGCGCGUGAGCAUACGCGCACUUAAGUCUUCAACGGGAGUGGGGAAAAAAAAAAAAAAAAUUGAGUCGGAAGUUUCCCGCAGCAGAGACGGCGCAUUCUCGCGCAGACGGCGGGGACGGGUGCGGCGCGUCCAACAUGGGAAACGGGGUGUGCUCGCGCAGGCAGCGGAGGAUCUUCCAGUGUCUGCUGCUGCUCACGGUGGUCUGCGGGCUCCUGUACGGGAGCAUGGUGUCGUACGAGACGCACAAGCAGCUCAGGAGGGCGGAGGCGACGGCGCUGAAGUACCAGCAGCACCAGGAGUCUCUCUCCGCGCAGCUCCAAGUGGUGUAUGAGCACAGAUCCAGGCUGGAGAAGUCUCUACAGAAGGAGAGGUUAGAGCACAAAAAGGCCAAAGAAGAUUAUCUGGUUUAUAAACGUGGGGAAGCACAGCAGUCGCUGAACAAGGAGAAGCAAGACUCCAGCAGCCGAUUAAACUCUUUUCAAGUACAGCAUCAACUGUUAAAGAACCAGCACGAGGACCUGAAGAAGCAGUACGAUCUGCAGGAGCAGCUCCAGGUGCAGGGCGAGGACCAUAACCGGCUGCUGGACGAGCACAGAGACCGCUAUGACAAACUGCAGCAAGCCAAAGAGUCGGAAAUCUCCCAACUCAAAGGAAGUGUUUAUAACCUGAGAGAAGAAAAUAAACAACUAAGGAAAGCCCACCAUGAUAUUCAUAUGCAGCUACAGGACGCGCGGGUUCAGCAUCAGGAUCUGAAGACAGCACACGACCAGCUUGUACUAAGCCUGGAAGACCACAAGAGUGCGCUGUCUGUAGCUCAGGUACAGGUCAAUGAAUACAACCACCUGAAGGAGUCUCUGAACCGGGCACCCAGCCUGGGCCACGUGGAGCAAUCCUCUGUCUCUCAGCAACAAAAAGCCGCCGUCGAAGCACCCGAGCCUCACGUCCAUGAAGCCCAGCAGGAACAGCAGCCCAGCAGUACAGCACCAGCACACCAAGAGCAGCCUGCCCACGGUGACCGCCUGGAUGCUGAGUCACGGGUGGAGCAAGUGGAGGAGGCGCACCCCGCCUUGUCGGAGAGAGAGGAGGAUCAAGAGGGCGAGGCGGAGAGGAGGAGGGAGCUGGCAGAGGAGGAGAUGGCCCAAGCAGGACAGCCUCAGAAGCUGGAGGAAGACCCAGAUCAGCCACAGGAGGAGCAACAGGAGGAGGAGGAGGAGGAACAGCCAGACACGAACGCCUUGGACCGCCAGAGACGGCACCCACAGCAGGAUCCCCAUGAGCAGCUGCAUCCAGAAGCGCAGGCGGAGCGCGUGAAGUCGGCCUACGAACAGCAGCAGGAGCAGCAGCGCCUGGAGGCCGCGCGGGCCGAGGAGCGCAGGCAGGUCCAGAUACGGCAGGAGGCCGCGCGGGCCCAGAGAGAGAGGAUCCUGAAGGAGGGGGAGCAGAAGCUGAAGGAGGAGCGGGAGAAGGAGGCGCAGCAGCACAGGGAGGCCGACCGACGCGAACAGCUGCUGAGAGAGGAGCAUCAAAGGAGGAGGAACGAGUAUGAAAACACAGACAAUGACAUCGUCCCAGGAGAGGCAGAAGAGAGAGACGUUCACAUGCUACAAGAGGACGAGGGUAAACAAGGGGUGGAUCACAGAGUGCCACCGCAUCAACAGGGUGCCGUCGAUGGCGAGCUGGACCCAGAGGACGACCCCAACAACCAGGGAGAGGAUGAGUUUGAGGAGGCGCAGGACGAGCGGCCGCAGCACAGGGUUGCAGAGGAGGACGAAGAUGUGGUGGAUGAGGAAGAGGAGCCCGCAGCGCCGGCCCAGCACAUGGGUGCUCACACAGGCCCUGAACAGCCCGUAGCGGACGAGGAGCUGGUGAUGGCAGGAAACCCCGAUCAGCAGGAAGAUGCCCUGGAUGAUCAAUACCAGGAGGAAGGAGAGGAUGAGGCUCAGGAGGACAUAGCCGGUGGGCAGAAGAGAGGGGAAGCAGGGGAGGAGGAAGGAGAGGAUCCUUACAAUGAGGAGAACAUGGAACAGGAUGAGGAAAAGAAUCAGGGCGGGCUGCGAAAGGAGGGGGAUCACGGAAAAGACGUGGAAAACGAGGAGGAAAACUACGAGGAGGAAGAGGAGGAUGCGGUGGAGGAAACGGCCGGUCAAGAAAAGGGAACCCGGCGCAGGGCAGAGAUGUAGCACGGACGCACACGCUGACCACUCGCAGUGCCUUUGCUCCUGCCUGCGGAGCCUGCCAGGCUUUUAUUUCCCUCCUUUCUCAAAGGAAUAAAUCAGCCAUCUAUUCAGAUUCCCAAUUUGGAAUAUAAUGCUGGAAGACCGGAGGCUGUUCAGAUGCUGUAAAUGGACCUGACCAGGUUACACUGUGGAAAUGGACAGAAUUCACACGAAGACAAUAGGAUAUAUUGUAUUAUUAUAUUUCUUUGUUAAAUUGCUCGUCUGUUUGAUGACCUGUCUGGUUUUAUUCUGUUUCUUUAACAGCAGACAGGCAGAGAAUGUAUUUUUAUCAUGUGCUGUCACUGUGUAAAGGAGGCAGAAACGCUGAGGUCCUCGUGAUCAGGCUUUUAUUUGUAUGUUUUGUGCUAACCGAUGUAUCUCUGUGGAGCUCAUUGGAAUUCCCUGUACAUUUUGCCUUUCUCUCAAGUGACUUUCCGUUAUUUAUUGUUGCAUUGUAACGACUCAGACAAUCAUGUAAAGGUGCAGCCUUCUCAUUUCAGCCAGUGAAUUUUAACAGACUACAUCAUACUGUACAUACAGUAGCAUCUUCUUCUGUUAUUGCAACCAUGUUCUGACACGUGCCUUUCCACUUCUGACCUUUGCCAGAAAUGACUGUCAUUUUCCACUUUAGGAGUGCUCGGGAGGCAAGACUGUUUCCUGUCGACUGCUGGUGUGAAGAGAAUUCACAAAUGAACGUUACUUAAUGCAAAACUAUUUACUCUAUUCUACAAUGUAUAGUCAAACUUUCUGACCAUUUGUACAUUUUUACCAGUUAAAUUUGAUACAAAAGUGGGAUUUUGGUUGUAUUGAAUCAUGUUUGUCACCUGGCAAUGGUGAGUGGAAUAAAGAGGAUUUUAUGUUA